CCCACCGCUCAUAAGAAGGGUGAUUUUGUAAUUUAAUCGAAUAUUUUCUCAACUUCUAGUGGAGGCCCUGACAGGCACUGGUUAGUCGGCUGCUGGUUUUACGCUUUCUUUUGUUCAACAACGCUUUCGAUCGAAAUCUUUUGAGCAAUGGGAAAGGACUCUAAGCCAAAGGAUGGAGGGAAGGGUAAAGGGAAACAGGCAGCAGGAAGUGAUGAGAAUGCUUCGAAGGGUAAAGGAAAAGGUGGGAAAUCAGCUGAUGGGCUUGGCACCUGCACAUAUGUCAAAGCAAGACAUGUUUUAUGUGAGAAACAAGGGAAGAUCAAUGAAGCAUAUAAGAAGUUGCAAGAUGGUUGGCUUAGCAAUGGAGAUAAGGUUCCACCAGCUGAGUUUGCUAAGAUAGCUGCAGAAUAUUCAGAAUGCCCAUCUGCUAAGAAGGGUGGAGACCUUGGAUGGUUUCCACGGGGAAAAAUGGCUGGCCCAUUUCAGGAAGUAGCCUUCAGUACACCAAUUGGAGCUACCAGUGCACCCUUCAAAUCAACGCAUGGAUACCACAUAAUCUUGUGUGAAGGGCGGAAGAAUUGACGGAACCCUGAAUAUGCAUGAAGGGGAAUUUAGGAAAGGCGAACAUAGAGUUGAAAAUAACGUAUUUGUAUAUUGAAAGCUUAAUGUGGCUCAUCAAUGGUUGUUGACAUUCAUGACUGAAUGAUGCUUUCCUAUUAGAUAUUAGAUAUUAUUAUUAUUUGGAAAGAUUAUUAUUGUUUCAAUGCCCGUAAAAUUUAUUUUUGUUCUA